UGAAAGUUAUAGAUUAACAAAGACAAAAGUUUUUUUUGAAUCUCACAAGAAUCAGACCUUUUCCACACAGUCCCUUUAGCCGCCAUUUUCCAAAGAAAGAUUUCUCGCCCACCAACUGUUUGAUGGAAAAAACGGUGGGUCCCAGCAAGUGGACCCUACUGAAAAAAUGCAAGUGCACAAACAGAGCUCCAACUCAAUCCAAAGACGAAGACUUUCUUAGCACCUCUUUCAUUCUCAUCCCAAGGGAUUGAUUGAUUAAUCAAGAUCCCAUUUUUUUCUGAAUCUUGAUUAGUGCCGAUUCUUGGGGAACCUGUCUUUAUCUUAUUGGGGGUUUUAUUUCUUAUUAUAUCCGUGUAUAAUUAUUGGCUUUCUGUUGGUGUAUUCACUCAUUUGGCCUUUCUUCUUGCUGCUUCUAAAGAUGUGUAAUGUCUCCUCAUUGGCUCCCACAAGAUUACAAUCUUUUCCCCUCACCCAUUUCUUGAGAAUUCUUGAUGUGGGCUUUACUUGCCUAUUUUGCAGUUGAUUUUCCUUUUCCUUUCACUGGAUUUCUCACCUAAUAGUUGACUUUCAGAUGAAAAAAGUAGUCUUUUCCCCCUCUUGAAUCUUAAUCUUGGAUUCUUGUUAAUUUGCCCUGUCUUCUUCAUAGAGCUGGGAUUGAAGAAAAUAGGUGUGGUGUUAUGUUAGGGUCUGGGAUGAAUCUGAUCACCACAAUUAUUGGGUUUGGAAUGAGUGCAACUUUCAUUGUUUUUGUCUGCACUAGACUCAUCUGCGGGCGGCUCCGCCGCAUGGAGGCGCAGCAAAUGUUGGAGAUUGAUUCAAGAAACGAUCUUGAGCUGCCAGAGCAUCGGAUUAAUGGCCUCGAAGCAGUAGUAGUUGCAGCAAUCCCUACCAUGAAGUUCAACCGCGAAGCAUUCAGCUCGAUGGAAAACACACAAUGCAGCAUUUGCUUGUCAGAGUACCAAGAGAAGGAAGUGUUGAGAAUUAUGCCAAAAUGUGGGCAUAGUUUCCAUCUAUGCUGCAUUGAUAUAUGGCUUAGGAAGCAGUCUACCUGCCCAGUAUGUCGCCUCUCGGUGCAGGAAUCCAUCGAGGCCGCCCCUCCGACCACGCCUCAAUCCUCCGAGCAUUCGCAGCAGUGGCUGCUCCCACGUCGCGAGGCUGCAGCUUCCAUGGAAGCAUCCUCUAGAUCCACAUAGAAAAUGAGUUUUCUUCUUCUUCUUCUUUUGGUUUAUGAUUCUGAUAAAUUGGAAUUGUAGAUUUGUAGGCUGUGUAUUUAUAUAAGCCUCUUGCUGUGCAAUAUCAGCAGAUUUGUUGCAUUUUACAUGGGGAAUUUGGUAUGUAAAUGAUUCAUUGAUUCAUGGAAUAUGUUAUCACAUACAUCACUCAA